ACAUGGCUGUUUGGGUACGAGCUGACAGACACCAUCAUGAUUCUUUGUGAGAAGGUUAUUUGUAUCUUGGCAAGCAAGAAGAAGAUUGACUUUCUAAAGCUGUUGGAUACAUCCAAGGAUAAUGAGCAAGGAAUACCCCCACUAAAGUUGAUAACUAGGGAGAAGGGUGACAAGGAGAAGGACAAGGCCAACUUUCAGAAACUGAUAGAGUGCAUAAAGAAAAGUAAAAAGGGCAAAACAGUUGGAGAGUUCAGCAAAGACAGUUAUCCUGGAGAGCUAAUAGAAGGAUGGCGACAUGCUGUGAAAUCUGCAGGCUUUGGCAAAGUGGAUGUUUCCUCUCAGUUUGCCUACAUUAUGGCCCCCAAGGAAGAAGCGGAAGUGAAGACCAUACAAAAGGCAUGUCAGGUGACGUGUGAUGUCUUCAGUAAAUACCUCAAGGAGCAGAUUAUGGAGAUUAUUGAUGCAGAUAAGAAAGUGAAGCACUCAAAGCUGUCUGACGGUGUUGAGCAGGCCUUACAGAACAAGAAAUACACAUCAGGUGUUGAUACCAGCCAACUUGAUGUUUGUUACCCAGCUAUCAUUCAGAGUGGAGGAAAAUACAGCCUGAAGUUUAGUACAACAAGCGAUGACAAUAAUCUACAGUUUGAUGCUAUUGUGUGUGCAAUGGGCGUCCGCUACAAGUCCUACUGUUCUAACAUUGUCCGCACACUUCUUGUCAACCCAGUAGAAUCUGUGCAGAAAAUUUAUGAGUUUCUGGUUCAGGUUGAAGAGGAGAUCAUUGCUAAACUUCAACAUGGUGUGAAACUGAGUGAUGUCUACAGUGCUGGUCUGUCAGUUGUGAAAAAGGACCACCCAGAACUUGAAGGCAACCUGAUUAACAGCUUUGGGUUUGCUAUGGGCAUUGAGUUCAGGGAGGCUUCUUUGCUGAUUGCACCAAAGACAAAGGCACCAGCCAAGAAAGGAAUGGUAUUCAAUGUCAGUAUUGGCUUCUCCAGUCUGAAGCAAGGUUCUAAGAAUGUUGCCUUAUUCUUGGGGGAUACUGUGCUCGUUAAUGAGGGUUCUCCGGCAACUGUUCUGACGACAGCUAAGAAGAGAUUAAAACACAUAGGCAUAUUUCUCAAAGAUGACGAUGAGGAGGAACAAGCAGAGGAUGAGGACAAUGAGUUAGAGAAAGAAGCUGAACAGCUGUUAGGUAGAGGAGGGAGAAGAAGUGCUAUGGUGGAGAGCAGAACACGGACUGAAGCUCCAUCAGAAGAGAAAAGGCAGCAGCACCAGAAGGAACUGGCACGGAGGCUUAAUGAAGAGGCCAGGGAGAGGCUCCGAGGGAUACGAACCGGAGCAGCAGAUAAAAAAUCCAAAAAGUCAAACAUCUCUUACAAAAAUGCCAGUCACUUUCCUGAUGAUGCAGAUUGCCGAGAUUUAAAACUGUUUGUUGACAAAAGAUAUGAGACUCUUGUUCUGCCUAUAUUUGGCACAGCCACACCAUUUCAUAUUUCUACUAUUAAGAAUAUCAGCCAGUCUGUAGAAGGAGAGUACACCUACCUGAGAAUUAACUUUUUCCAUCCGGGCUCCACUCUCGGCAGAAAUGAGGGAAGCUUCCCCAAUCCAGAUAUGAUAUUUUUGAAGGAGAUCACUUAUCGGAGUUCAAACACUAAGGAACCUGGUGAAAUUGCUGCACCGUCUGCCAAUCUAAAUACUGCUUUCCGUUUGAUCAAAGAAGUUCAGAAAAGGUUCAAAACCAGAGAAGCAGAAGAGAGAGAGAAGGAGGGCAUUGUGAAACAAGAUACAUUGAUCAUCAACCCAAACAGGGGCAACCCAAAAUUAAAAGAUUUAUACAUUCGACCAAACAUUGUGUCCAAAAGAAUUUCUGGCAUUUUAGAAGCUCACACAAAUGGUUUCCGGUUCACUUCUGUCCGUGGAGACAAGGUUGAUAUUUUGUACAACAACAUUAAACAUGCAUUCUUUCAGCCUUGUGAUGGGGAGAUGAUCAUUCUUCUUCACUUCCACUUAAGGAAUGCCAUCCUGUUUGGGAAAAAGAAGCACAUCGAUGUCCAGUUCUACACCGAAGUUGGUGAGAUCACCACUGACCUUGGUAAACACCAGCACAUGCAUGACAGAGAUGACCUUCACGCUGAACAGGCUGAGAAAGAACUGAGACAGAAGCUAAAAUCUGCAUUUAAAAGCUUUUGUGAGAAAGUGGAGAGCAUUACAAAACAGGAAGUGGAGUUUGAUUCACCUUUCAGAGAACUGGGGUUUCAUGGUGCUCCAUACAGAAGCACAGUGCUGCUGCAGCCAACAAGUGGUUGCCUGGUAAACCUAACAGAGUGGCCUCCAUUUGUAGUCACUCUGGAAGACAUCGAGCUGGUGCACUUUGAGAGAGUCUCCUUCCAGCUGAAAAACUUUGACAUGGUGUUUGUCUUCAAGGACUACAGCAAAAAGACAGCAAUGAUCAACUCCAUUUCUAUGAAUAUGCUGGAUCAUGUGAAGGAGUGGCUGAAUUCCUGUGACAUUCGUUACACGGAAGGUGUACAAAGCUUGAACUGGACCAAGAUCAUGAAAACUAUUACAGAUGACACCGAAGGAUUCUUUGACAAUGGUGGAUGGUCAUUUCUGGACACUACCAGUGAUGAGGAGGUGGAAGAGGAAGAUAGUGAAGAAGGCGAUGACACAUUUGAACCUUCAGAUGUAGGUUCUGAAUCUGAGGAAAGCAGUCAGGAUGACAGUGAGGAAAGUAACUGGGACGAGGAGGAAGAUGAUGAGUCAGAAUCAGAGCUGGGAUCGAGUGAAGAGAGCGGGAAAGACUGGGAUGAACUGGAGGAGGAGGCAAGAAGAGCCGACCGAGAGCAGGAUGAGGAGAUUCCUGAAGUCAGGCACUCACACAAACACAGGUCCCAUCACAAAGCCAGCGCAAGCAGCAACCACCAUGGUCAAAAGAGAUCCAGGGACAGCAGUCACGGCAAGAACAGCUCCCCAGUUAAGAAGAAAAUUCGACGUUGA